AUGAAGAAUAUAAAAUUCGUACCACCGCUACUGGCCGCAUUCAUUGGUUCGGUGUCGUUAGAACUGUUAACAUGAAACUCCUCGGUGGCAAGUGCGUUGGAAUCGGUGCAGUGAUUGGUUUCGUGCUGGUUAGUGUUUUCCUGUCCCAGCCUGAAUCGUGCAGUGCGUUCUAUACCGUGAAACAUGUCGUGACGGAACGUAUCUCCAACCAGACGGACUUUGUUAACAGCGUUCUAAGUGAUGAAUUGCCACUGAGAAUAGUGGAGUUCUCGCAGUACGUGUACGAUUGGGAUCGCGAUACACUGAAAGUGAAUGGAAAGUGGAUUCUCAGCUCGCCGAACGACGAUUAUCUGUACUAUGUGGAUUACAACGAAAAAAUUGACAAAUCUACUGGCUUCAAGGAAAUUCUUAGCAACUUACAUUCGAAACAGCUCAUCACCGAUAUACGACGAGUCGAGCGAGUGAAACCACAAACAUUCCACUUUGAGAAGACUAUUUUCUUUGGUAAAAAAUAACUUCAAAGAACAUUUAAACCACCUGUAAGAGAAACAUGACAUUGUCGAUGAAGUAUCUUCCUGUACCUUUUGUUCUUUUUGAAUGAGAAAUAAAAAAAAAAGGAAACACAUUUCCCAUACAA